AUGAACAUCGACGAUCGUCGAGCGAAGCGACGCCUCGACCGACUCCCCGCCCCAGCGCCGCCAAUCCUCGCAGAAGUGCUCGCCAGCUCAUCGAAGCGACUAGGAUAUCUCGCCGACAAACUGUCAUCGUCGUUGUCUGUAACAGGCAACCAAAAGCAAACUCAGUUAUACGUCCCCGCACACAGCCAUUCAAGAGGCGACAGUUCAACCUCAAUCUCUUUGACUUCGACAUCGACGACCCCUAUGUCUUCCUCCAAUCCUCUCCAGAAUACCGCAAAGGCCCAUACGUCCCCGUCCAAAGCAUCGUACGGGCGCACUUAUGAUUCAAAGCUCGUAACAAGGGAGAUGCAUCGUUUGGGCAAUUUUGCCCAGUUUCCGGCAUCGAUAGCCCCACAACUCUCUUCAGCACCGUCCGUGACGUCGUUGGCCCUGCCUCAAACCGGGAGCAUGUCCCAAUCUAAUCUGGCUUCGUCUACCACGGAUCCAUGGGGUGCUUUGCAUGUCCAUGUUCUUCCAUUGUUCAAUGGGGAGCCCCUCAGAGUACCAAUAGAGGAUCUCAACGUUCUUGUCAAGCGUCAUAUUCAGACAGUCGUACCCUCUUCGCCUUCACGAGCUUUGGUUAACCUGGAGAAUGAUGCAUCGGAACUGAUUGCCGCUGGGAUGGUCACCUUGAAUGCUAAACUAAUGGGUGUGGAUGAUGAGAAACUAGUGGCUCGAGUGGUCGAGACAUGGGGCUUCUUCUGGGACCAAAUCUUGACCUACGUUGAAGGUGUUCUUCUCCCCUUGCAAACAGAUCCUAUGCUUUCGUCGCUUUCAAAAAAGACCCCUCACAGAACCACAUCACCCUCGCGCUCGGGCGCCCAGUCCUCCAAGUCAACGGCUCAGCUGUCAACAGGGACACCUUCCAUUGACGUACGCACUGUUGCCCUUCGCUCUUUCAGAGACCGGGUCGUCUAUCCACUGUACCCUCGACUUUACUCGCGCCUGUCGCUCCCCAACCGACAAGAUGUGUUCCCGGAAACAGCGGGGUACCAGCAACCCCGGUUGCAACAGAUGCUUCUCGUCCUGUCUUCGCUGCACCGGCAACGUCCAGUCCUUUCUCUGACGGCACCUCCGGUACAACCAACCCCUUUUGAGGCAGCCAUAACAGACCUCCUGCAAUUAGUUCGCAAUCCCCACCCACAAGCUGCUUCCCGAAAGCAGCCAUUCAGGAAUGGAGCAGUUUCACGUACGCCUAGCUUCCUCUCCGGCGGACUACCUAGAGACAGGCGAGGUCGGAUUGCAAAGAAAGGGAUGAACCUGUCCGAAUCGGCUAUCGCCUUCACCGCUCUAGAUGAAGAUGACUACGGUGAAGACACACCGCGUCUUGGUUUAUCCGCGUCUGGCAGCUAUGUGGUCGAUAUAGAUCGAGAGAAGGACCGAGAGUUGCUUGAUUCACUACGGAGUCCGGAUAUGGGGUUGCCGAAUAGAGCGAGCGUUGGUGGGUGGGGCCUUGGUGGACUACAUGAAGAUAACAUCAAGGCGGACGAGGAGGAGGAAGAUGAAACACUGGAUAUGGAUCAGGCACAGGCUGAUCUAGAGAAGUAUAUGGCGAACAUGAACGCGCAGUCAGAUUCAAAGAGAAGAUAG